ACUCCUCUUGCCCCACUACACCCGCCGCCAUGGCCGUCUCUGGCGACGCUGCGGCCGCUGCGCGCCUCGAGCGCUGGCACGCACGCCUCCAGUCGCUGCCGGCCAUCGCGCUGCCGACCGACUACCCGCGCCCGUCGUCGUCGCAGGUCGUGCAGGCCCUCACCUCGGCCACGCUCUCGUCCAAGGCGCGCAACGGCCUCGUGCGCCUCACGCUCCACCAUGCGCUCGACGCCGACGGCGAGGCCGCGUCCGACUCGUCGGACGACGACGACGACGACGACGAGGCGGCGGCGGCGCGCGACGCGGCCACGCCGACGCCCUUCCACCUGCUGCUCGCCGCGUUUGCCGUGCUGCUGCACCGCUACACCGGCGACACGGACCUGCUCAUCGGCUCGUCGUCGCCGCUCGACGGCACGCCGCUGAUCCUGCGCAUUCCCAUCGAGGCGGCGGACCCCUUCUGGCAGAUUGUGCGCCGCGUGCAGGCCGUCGAGGCCGAGGCCGCCGCCGACAAUGCGCCCUACGACGCCAUCGUGGCGCGCCUCGAGCAGGACCGCGCUGCUGCGGCCGCCGGCAUGCCGAGCGCACCCAUCUUCCGCGUGCGCUUCUUCGACGAGCUGGCGGGCCGGGAGCGCAACUUCCUGCAGAGCACCAGCCUCACGACGGACCUGACGCUCUUCGUCACGCCGCCGGGCGCAGCGCCCGCCGACGAUGCCUCCUCGUCCAUGUCGGGCAGCACGGCGACGCUGCGUGGGGGAUCGUCGGGCCCGCCGACGCCCUCGGCGCACAGCUUCCGCAGCCCCGUCGUGCCGGCCAUCGCGCUGCACGCCUCGUACAACGCGCUGCUCUUCUCCUCCUCGCGCAUCAGCCUGCUGCUCGCACACCUCUCGCACGUCAUCAUUGCAGCGGCAAGCAACCCCUCGAUGCUCGUGGGCAGCAUUGCUCUGCGCACGCACGCCGAAGACGCCGUGCUGCCCGAUCCGCGCAAGGACCUUGACUUCUGCGGCUUCCAGGGCGCCAUCACGCACAUCUUUGAGCGCAAUGCCGCUGCCCACCCGCAGCGCCGCGCCAUCAUCGAGUCGCUGUCUGGACCGCCGAACGCCCUCGACCUUCCGGCUCCAGCCAGCCUGACCCGUGAGAUCAGCUAUGACGAGCUCGACCGCGCCAGUAACGUCCUGGCACACCACCUCCUGGCGAACGGUCUGCAGCGGGAAGACGUCGUGACGGUGUACGCGCAUCGCAGCGCCGAUCUCGUCGUGGCCGUGCUCGGCACGCUCAAGGCAGGCGGUACCUUCAGCGUGAUCGACCCAGCGUACCCGCCGAGCCGCCAGAACAUCUACUUGCAGGUCGCAAGGCCCCGCGCCCUCGUGGUGCUGAGCAAGGCGGGCACGCUGCACCCGGCUGUGCGCAAAUGCAUCGAGGAGGAGCUCGAGCUGCGCGUGGAGGUCCCGGCGCUGGAGCUCGUGUCGCAGGGCGACGGGCUCGGCGUGCGCGGCGGAGCCACGUCUGUCGGCGGUGCCGACGUUUUCGAGCAGGUGCAGAAGCUUGCGUCGCAGAGCACCGGCGUCAUCCUCGGUCCAGACAGUGUCGGCACCCUGUCUUUCACCUCGGGCUCGACGGGCAUUCCGAAGGGUGUGCGCGGCAGACACCACAGCCUGACGCACUUCUUCCCCUGGAUGGGCGAGCGCUUCGGCCUCGGGCCGCAGUCGCGCUUCACGAUGCUCAGCGGCAUUGCGCACGAUCCGAUCCAGCGCGACAUCUUCACUCCGCUCUUCUUCGGCGCCGAGCUGCACGUGCCCACGCCAGACGACAUCGGCACGCCUGGUCGUCUGGCCGAGUGGAUGGCUGCGACGGGUGCCACAGUUACGCAUCUGACGCCUGCGAUGGGUCAGCUGCUCUCGGCGCAGGCCGUGGCGGCCAUCCCGGAGCUGCGCAACGCGUUCUUUGUUGGCGACGUGCUCACCAAGCGCGACUGCACGCGGCUGCAGGCACUUGCGCGCAACGUGCGCAUCAUCAACAUGUACGGCACCACCGAGACGCAGCGCGCAGUCUCGUACUUUGCCAUCCCGCCGGUGGCCGAGCGUCCGACGUUCCUCGCGACGCAGAAGGACAUCAUGCCCGCCGGCCAGGGCAUGAUCGACGUGCAGCUUCUCGUCGUGAACCGACACGAGCGCACGGCCACGUGUGCCGUCGGCGAGGUCGGCGAGAUCUACGUGCGGUCGGGCGGCCUGGCGGAGGGCUACCUCGGCCCGCCCGAGGUCACUGCAGAGAAGUUCGUGAGCAACUUCCUCGCGCCCGGCGCGCAGUACAACGACACGCUCAGGGGCACGCCGCCGGGCGAGUUCUGGCACGGCGUGCGCGACCGCAUGUACCGCACUGGCGACCUCGGCCGCUAUCUGCCGGACGGCACAGUCGAGUGCACCGGCCGCGCAGACGACCAAGUCAAGAUCCGCGGCUUCCGCAUCGAGCUGGGCGAGAUUGACACGCACCUGUCGCGCCACGCGCAUGUGCGAGAGAACGUGACGCUUGUGCGUCGCGACAAGGACGAGGAGAAGGUGCUCGUGUCGUACUUCGUGCCGGGACCUGGCGCCGCCAGUCUGGAAGAAGUCAGCAGCGCCGACGAAGGCGCAGAUGCAGCGCCCAAGGACUCGACAUCCGCUGCUGGCCUCGUGCGCGGCAUGCGCCGUCACCGUCAGCUCAUCAAGGACAUCCGCGACCAUCUCAAGAAGAAGCUGCCGGCGUACUCGAUCCCGACGCUGUUUGUGCCGCUUGCGCGCCUGCCGCUGAACCCCAACGGAAAGAUCGACAAGCCUGCGCUGCCGUUCCCGGACACCGCUCUGGCGUCUGCUGCCAUGUCGGCGAACCCGCGCAAGAAGGGCUCCGACGCUGCUGCGACCAACGGAUCCUCUGCCGACUCCGGCGACGAGCCUUCGGCGUCUGCGGACGCCGACGCUCGCGCGCCCUCGCCCACCGAGGCAGCGAUCCAGGCGCUCUUCGCCACGCUCCUGCCCUCUUGCCCUCGACCGGUCCCUCUCAACGAGUCGUUUUUCGACCUCGGCGGGCACUCGAUUCUGGCGACGCGUCUCGUGUUUGACAUGCGCAAGCAGUUCGUCGUCGGUGUGCCGCUCGGCGCUGUCUUUGACCACCCUACGGCGGAGGGUCUGGCCGCUGAGGUGGACCGGCUGCGGGAUGCCGAUCUCAACCUGGGCGUCAUUCCGGCGGCACCCGCCGCCGGCGAUGUGGCGGCCGUGCCGGCCGCCGCUGUGACCCCGGAGGACGACUAUGCUGGCGACGUCGAGCCACUGCUGCGCACGCUGCCCGAGUCGUUCGUCGGCAGCGGUGCCCUGGCCAACAUUGGCCGCAGCGAGUCCGCCACGCCGCAGCAUCGGACUAUUCUCCUCACCGGCGCCACGGGCUUCCUCGGCGCAUUCGUCCUGCGCGAUCUGCUGGCCCAACGCAAGAGCUCUGUGGCUCGCGUGAUCGCCCAUGUGCGAGCGCGCGAUGCCGAGCAGGGCCUCGCCCGGCUUCGCGAGGGAGGCGAAGGCCGCGGCGCGUGGGACGAAGAGUGGGUCAGCAGCGGUCGGCUGCAAGUUGUUGUGGGCGACCUGGCGCAGGAGCGCCUGGGCCUGACGCAGCAGCAGUGGAUCCAGCUGGCGCACGACGUCGAUGCCAUUGUGCACAACGGUGCCCUGGUGCACUGGGUGUACCCUUACACUAAGCUGCGCGCGGCCAAUGUGCUCUCCACCGUUGCGACGAUUCUGCUGUGCGCCACUGGCAAGCCCAAGACGCUCACGUUCGUCUCGUCGACUUCCGCUCUCGACACGGAUCACUUUGUCAACCUGUCCGACUCGAUUCUCCGCGGCGGCGGUGGGGCUGCCCCGCUCAGCGCCGCUGGCAAGCCGUUUGCCGGCGUGCCCGAGACGGACGACCUCGCCGGCAGCCGGCGUGGCCUCGGCACGGGCUACGGCCAGAGCAAGUGGGUGUCGGAGCGCCUGGUCAUGGCGUGCGCAGCGCGCGGCCUGCGCGCCAGCAUCGUGCGGCCGGGCUACGUCGUGGGCGACAGCCGAAGCGCCGUGACGAACACGGACGACUUCAUCUGGCGCCUCGUCAAGGGCAGCACGCAGCUCGGCCUCGUGCCUGACAUGCACAACACCAUCAACAUGGUGCCCGUCGACCACGUUGCGCGCGUCACGGCGCUCGCCGCGCUCGCGACAGCGCGGGAAGCGGGCGAUGUCCCUGGAACCGCCGCACGCGUCUACCACGUCACGGCCCAUCCGCUUAUCCGCUUCAACGAGCUCCUCUCGGGCCUGUCUCGGCACGGCUGGGAGACGAAGCGCACCGAAUACGUGCAGUGGCGCUCGCAGCUGGAGGAGCACGUGCUCAAGAGCGCGCCACAGGAAGGCACGGCCGAGGCGGUCGAGGCGAACGCGCUGUUCCCGCUCUUGCACUUUGUGCUCGACGACCUCCCUACCUCGACGAAGUCGCCAGAGCUCGACGACCAGCACACGCAGGCCCUGCUUGAUGCGGUCAACGAGGGCGCAGCCGCAGGCACCGUCAUGGGCGUGAGCGAGGCCCUCGUGUCCACCUACCUCGCGUGGCUCGUGGCCGUGGGCUUCCUCGACCGGCCCGUGCGUGAGGUCGGCCAGCCGGCCGCCGACGGAGGUGCAGUGGAGGCGCUGCCCGUCCUGGCCGAAGGCGCCGGGCUCAAGGCAAUUGGCCGCGGCUCGGCGAACUAGAUGCGCAAUGGAGUGACGACGACGACGCUAGCAACGAUCUCUCAUUUCAUCAACGAUCGCAUCGCGAUGGGUGCUCAGAUACAAGGGGAAGAGGGCAG